GAAUUUCCUCAAUGGGAGGAAUACCCGCCCAGUUAUAGUCCCCCACUGGUGACAUCAAUUUCUGGUUCAACUAUAAAAUAAUUCGCGUAAAGUCGCAGAGUUUCUCCGUCGGAUGAUAUCAUCUUGGGUCCCGAAAAGCACGUGAUUUGAUUGCCAAACAGUGCGUGAGAAUGCUCGGAUAUUACCGAAAAAACGUAUUAUCUUCAUAAAAAAUGAACUUGAUGUGCGAUAAAGAAUAAGUCCAUGUGAUUACAAAAGUCUCAUUAUGAAAUUGAAGUAUUAUAAUAAUAUAAUGAUGGCUAUUAUCUAAACGCUUCCUUUAAGCAAAUAAGCUAAAUAAACGUUUUUUAUUUUUAUAAAAUAAAUUUCCAUCAGAGAUACCACAUAGUUUCCAUUCGUAGGACUCAGAACUGCUUCUCAUAUUCAGCUGACAGACGUCUGGUUUGGAAACGGAAAAGUUGAAAUAUUUAUAACUUUUGCCUUUAUUAGAAGCCUAGCGUGAUGGAUGAAUUGAGUAAGGAUGACCAGGAGCUGCUGAAGGACGCAUUUAAGAUCUUGGAUAAGGAGAACGAGGGAGCCAUCACCUCCAAGGAAAUAAUGCAAGUGAUUCGCUUACUGGGUCGCCAACCAAACGAAUCAGAGGUCAUGUCCAUGAUUAAUGAAGUGGACACGGAUGGUAACGGAUCGAUUGCGGUCACAGAAUUCUGCAAUGUGAUUCUGCGCAAGAUGCGCGACACCAGCAAGGAGGAGGAGUUGCGAGACGCCUUUCGUGUCUUCGAUAAGCAAAACAAUGGGUACAUCUCUGCCACCGAAUUAAGGUCCAUCUUUAUGGCAUUGGGCGAACACAUAGACGACGAGGAGUUGGACGAAAUGAUUCGCGAGUACGAUUUGGAUCAGGACAACCACAUCAACUUCGAGGAGUUCGUCAACAUGAUGACCUUGCGUUAGUUUCCAAAUACUACACAUUCUACACUAAAGGAAAUUGUUUGACUAGAUUGUUCGAAAUUUUUUAUUAUUUUAUGUACAUAUCUUAUACCGUUAAGCCGUUCUUUUUGGAAUUACUGAAAUUAAUGCGAGCCAAAAAUACAUUAUAUCUGUA